UUCCCGCCAAAUGUUACGCCGACAAAUAAUAAGAUUGAUUUUAUUUUGUAAAUUUUAUUUUUGAAGAAUUUAAGGUUAUCGAUUGAAGUGGUUUAUAUUUAUAAUCAAAUUUACACAAAAACCUACGAACUUUCCAAAAUUUACAUUUUCAAUAGAUUGACAGAAUUUCCUGUGUCUCAUUGGAACGAUGGUCAUCAAUGAUCUGCAAUUUGAAAAUUCUAUUUCGUCGUAGCUGAAUGUCCAACAUCCAACACUUUCACUGGAGAAUGAUCUAAAGGUUUGUGCAACAUGUACGUUGAUAACAUAGUGAAAGACUUCUACGAGGUGCUGGUUGGACAACAGGUACUACUGCUUGUCAACUAUGACAUUGAUGGAUUGUGCACUUGCAAAAUGCUUCAGUGGCUUUUUCAGACCGAGGGCACUCUUUAUUCGUUGGUUCCAGUCGAAACUAUCUCGGACAUUGAAGCAGCUUUCAAGGAGCAUAUCAAGAACAUGACUUACGUUGUACUUGUGAACUGUGGGGGAACAAUAGACUUGGUUGAGCGACUCGAGCCUGAAGACAAUGUAAUAUUUUUUGUGAUUGAUAGUCACCGUCCGUCCGACCUGUGCAAUGUGUACAGUGCGGCGCAGAUACGGCUCAUAGCGUUGCCCGAUGAAGACGAAGACAUUCCCGCUUUCAACGAUGUCUUCCAGCAGCAAGAUACCGAUGAUGAGGAAGAAGAAGAGGAGGAGGAGGAAAACUUGGAAGACGACAGUGAAGCUAGGCCAGAUAGGUUUGAACAGCUUGAAAAGGCAGCAGCUAAACGAAGAGAAAAGCAAAAGUGGGAAGAAAAGAAAAAUAAACUCAUGUUCGAUUACUAUCAAUUUUCAUACUAUGGUAAGUCUAGCUCUGUUUUAGUGCACGAAUUAAUUUGGACUUUGUCAAAAGGCAAUGUAGAUAUUUUAUGGUACGCCAUUGUAGGACUAACUUCUUAUGUUGUGUGCGGCGAUAAAACGCAGGAGUUGUACAUGGAAGAAAUGGGUGUACUGAAGAGACAUUCCAGCGAAUUGAGUUCGAGAUUCAACACCGUCGAUUGUGAAGACAAUAAUUCGACAGUGAGUAGUCCUCACCCUCCAAGUGUAUCAAUUAGCGCGGAAAUGGAUCUGAAACUGGCAAUGUUCAGGCAUUGGACUGUGGAGAGCAGUUUGCGACACUCGCUCUCUAGCUCGAUUCCGUUGAAGCUGUGGACCAAGAAGGGCGAACAGCGUCUACAACAAGUGCUCGUAGAAAUGGGAAUUCCACUGGUGCAAGGGCGGCAGACAUUCAACGCGAUGGAUGUGAGUCUGCGCAAUGAGUUCCACUCAAUGAUACUCAAAGUGGCUGACGCACACGGCAUGGAAGAUAUUCAAUUCCCAUCGUUUGCAUUGAAACUAUGCUACAAAGGCCAAUACUUUGCCAGUGAUUUUGUCUACUCGUUACUAGGUCUACUCAAUGAACAUGAUAGAAAUAAUGAAGACUGUUUUUUCAGUUGCCUCGAUUGUUUGUCUAGUCGUGAUAAAGAGUUGCUUGAAAGAGGUUUUGAAAAUCACAAAAAAGUCUUGUCAAUCAUAUCCAAACAGAUUCAGAUGUCGUUUGAUAUGAAACGAAUUGCACAGUCUGGUAACUUUUUAUCUUAUAACAUUGAAGAAAACACAAUGGAAGCCGGCAUUUUCAAGCGUCCUCAUUUAUUAAUAAUUCUUGCUAGACACAUGUUGAGAGCUUAUCUAAAAUUAGGAACUAAGAAAAGGCAUAGCCGGUUGCCUCUAGUUGUACAGUGUAAUUACAAUGCUGACCAUUGCCUUGUAUUGGGGAUCCCCCCAGUCACAGAAUUUACAAACAAAAACUUUUUUGGUAGAGCGUUUGAACAAGCAGCUAAUGUUCUUGGUUGUCCCAUAGAAAUUGAUUAUCCAGACUCCUCUAUUGUCCGAAUAGAAUCAAACGAUAGAACUCGAUUUUUGGAUUCUCUGUCAUCUCUACUUUCAUGACAUAACUCUAACAAGAAAUCUUCAGUAUCGAAGGACUUCAAAAUGCAGUACUCAUGUCUGUUGAGCAUAAUUAAUUCAAAGAGUAUCCAGUUGUAUAAUAAAAUCUUAGCUUUAUUAAACCGAUGCAACGAUUAUCAAAAUAAUUCAUGACUGCCUUCCCAUCGUCAUUUUAAAUGGCAAAUUUUCCCGUUUAUUUACACACUCUUGAAGAGCAGUCCAGUGAUUUUUAAUUCCAAUUCAUAUCAACGUCUAGUUAAUAAAUAGUAUCAAUUAAUUUUGCUUUGAAAAGGUUCUUAUUUAAUUUCCUUUAUGAAUUUGUAAAAUAUUGAAAAUCUUAAUUUAUAGGGAUCUAAACAUUGCGCACAUGUAAAGGAAUGUUUCUAUGGUUUAUUCAUAUUGGCUAAAGCACAAUAAAAUCACAUGAAGUACAAACAACAUAUUAUAUCUAUAGAGAUCGCUGAAUGAAUACUGACCACAUUAUUACUGUUAUUGUUCUGUCAACAUGUCGGUUUUUUCAUGAAGUUUUGUACAAGCAUAUUAUAUCUGAGGGGUUGGCUUAGAUCUUAGAGGAAGAGUUCAUGAGAAUACAACACACAAUUGUUGAACAUAACAAAAGAAUUCCACAUUAUUGUGAAAGUGCUGAAAAAAUGUCCUCAUCAGUUCCACCAUAUGGAACGAAUAUAUGCAUACACUAAUAAGCAAAGUAUCCUUUUUGAGAAUUUGUUGUAAAAUAGAAGUAAUUUAAAAUAAUACUAAUUUAGGUUUAGAAAUAUAUGUUGUACUAAUCGUGAAUUAUUGUAGGUGUCAUAAGUAGCAUUUUAUAAUAUGAUCAACUAGCUGAAGAAAAACGAAAUAUUGAGAAAACGAAAUAUUCACAGAACAGUAAACAGUAUCAUAUUACUAUAUAUUCUAGUCUGUUCACAGUAAACAGUAUCAUAUUACUAUAUAUUCUAGUCUGUUCAUCGAAAGUAGAGACGAAACAUCUCUGUUUCGCUGAUCAGACUGUAGUAAGAUUCACUUCAACCCUUCAGCUUUGAUUGAAUGAGAAGCCUUGAUAUUAAGAAGGAAUGCCGACUGUUUGAAGCCAAUCUCUUUAUAAAACUAUUGUAAUGUGAGGUAGCCAGUAUGUAUCCACUUCAAUGACUAGAAUAAUUGUAGUACCUUACAUAGAUACUUCAUUUGAUUCAAUAUUUGAACACUAUUUCAGCAACAGCAGUCUAAGGACCAAGCCACAUGAGGCGAUUUUAGACGAGUUGGCAGGGUAGGAAGAUCUCGGAUUAUCAGAGAGAAGCUCUCUCUGAUUAUCAACUGAUUCCCGAAAAUCAACUCAAACAGCCGAUUGGAGAGCUUCCUGCCCUGCCGACUUGUCUGAAAAACGCCUCAUGUGGCUUGGCCAAUUGAAGCAAAAACUGCCUACUACACACGUUGUGGAGCACUUUCGGACGUCAUAUAGUAGCUUUCGCUGUGUAAUAGUAGUGGUUAGCAUUGCUAUGUCGCUAAAAAGUGUUCAAUUGACUCGUAAUGGAGCGUUAAAUUGAAGAAAAUAACUCAUGGUCUUCAUGUAAUGUAGUAUGAAUAUUAUUACGUUUUCAACUUUUGUAUGGCAAACGAAUCAUAUCCUCAUUAAAUGAAGAUAUGAUUUUGGUGAUACGGUAACUACUAUUCACAGAAAGUUUCCUUUACAUGUUCGCCACUUUUCGGUCUCUUUGUACAAUAAUCAAAGAUAAAGCUUCUUGUAUAAUUUUAUUAUGAUAGAAUAACUUGUGUGAUUGUACUAUAUUUUAAUAUUUCAUGAUAACCUCGUAUUGUAAACUGUUGUAUCUUUCUCCUCUUGUAUCGAUAAUUUUAGCAAUUUUAUUCCAUUUCACAUUAUAUUUGCGCUUAAAUGAGAGAAGAAUAUUUUCACAAUUGUGUAAAUAACAUGGUAAAAAGAGGAAAAUUAGAAUGAUUACUGACUCGGAUAUUUUUAUAAAUAGAAUUUUCUCUCAAUUA